AGUGGUGCAAUUUGUGGCGUGGACCAACGUCAUCGGUUGACCACAUCCCUGCUAAAGUUGAAGUUCCACUCGGCUGCUUUCCAUUGAAGCGCAUAAUUUCGCGGAAAUGCAAUUUCCCCCCCAAAAUCCAUGGCUAUAUAAAUAGGCGGUAAGUGCGACAUUUCACGCUUAGUAUGCGAGAAUCGGGGGAUCGAAGGGUUCCAAACAUAAGUCAUAAGUAACCAGCAGUUGAUAGAGAGAGAUAUGAAGAAGCGACGCAUAACCAGCACAGCUGGAGACGUCAAUGGAUUUCGGUAUGGAUUUGGAACCCAAGCGAGGACUCCAACUCGUUUGGGCUUCCGCAUUGCGUUGCGAAGAGAGGCACGCGUGUGGCAGGCGGCGCGGCGACUGAAAGAUUUGCUGCCACUGGUGGCGCUAAUUGCUGGAUUCGGAAUGAUGGACGCAUGCGCAGCGGUUGGAUACUCCUAUGCGAGAUUCGAGGGUCCGGUGGUGGGGCCGGAGCACCUGGUCACCGUCCACGAUGGACGCACCGUGGACUAUGUGGCCCGUCCCGAGUACAGCUUCGCCUAUGGCGUCGAGGAUGGCAAGUCGCGCGUGCUGCAGAAUCGCAAGGAGACGCGGAACGGGGACGAGGUGCGCGGUGUCUACAGCGUAGUCGAUCCGGAUGGCACCUUGCGUGUGGUUAAAUACACGGCCGACGAUGCCAAUGGAUUUCAAGCGGAGGUUAUUACGAACGGUGUGAAAACUCUGCACGGCCAUGGAUCUGAGGGGGAUGGGUUGGUGGACAACCAAGUGAGACACCACAGCUCCGAGGCCCAUCAAGGUGACACGGAUGAGCACGAGGAGGAGGAGGAGCGAGCAGCGCACCCGGGAAAAGGCCAGUACCAAGUGCACGAGGAUUACGAUGAGGGUGGCGGCGAGGGGGAAAAGGACGAGGAGGGGGAGAGGGAGGGGGGCGAGGAGGGUGGGGAUCACCAGGAGUACGAGGGCAGCAGCGAGGAAGGAUAUGUCGAGGCAGAUGCUCACAGUCAGCAGGAGGAGUCCAGCAGCGAGGACUACUAGACGUGUAAAAAUACCUACUAAUUAUAUUUCAUUUAAUGUGAUAAACUACAAA